AUGAUGGCUUAUACGAGUGAGUAUCUUUGUAAAGUAGAUAUAUGUAUUAGAGAUUUUUACGAUUCAACGGCUAGCGAUAAAUUUGAAAAUAUGUGGCGCAAAAUCCCGCACAACGUGAAUUGGUGUUCGACGAACGCGCAAAUGAGCAUUAUCAAGUUCAGCACGAGACACGAGUUGACGAUAUACAAUGUGAGAAAUAUGCUCGAGAGCCGCAAAUCGACAUUAUGCAAUUAUGUGAUCGUCGAGUUUGACGGCGACGAGUCGAUCAAAUCGCUGAAUCUUGAGAGAUAUCUCGAGAAUUGCAACGUUCAAUACCUUCGAUUUUCGUACACCGAAUCGGGCGGUUUGGCGAAUCGCCUGAAGAACAUCAAGCCGAUCAUCGAUUAUUUGGUGGUCGGACCAUCGAAUACCUCGUCGUAUUUGUUGUUUCAACAAUUUCUCAAUGGCUAUGAGCACAUUAUGCCAGUUAUAUGUCAGGUCAAUUUCGCGUUCUCGCUUCCGAAAUUCGCCGAGGAGAACGGCUUUCGCGAGUCGCUUCUCAAACUCAAAUCCGACGGCAAAUAUGUGGUGAUCGCGGCGAGCAAAGAUCGCACCGACAUGCACCUCAAUCUAUUCUUCGUCAACAUGCGACACUCGUACUGCCGCGAUCGAUACCUUCGAUAUUUCUCGUAUUAUUGA